UCAUUUGGAUAUAUUCCCUGUGCCAGUGCACUCUGUCUGUAUUCGUGAUUGUGGUCAGUGUGAGAUUGUGCAUGGUGGUCAACAACAGCAGCAGAGCUGUAGCUGAUGUUCAACAGGUAGCUCUGGGUGCCGGGAUCCAACCUGGGAGUGUUUCGUCCUGCCUCCGGCUGUGCAUGGGCUGUGUGGGGGCUGUGGGUGGGGCCAUAGGAGUCCCCUUGACGCUGUUACUCAACCUGCGAACACCCCAGUGCCUCUAUACAUGCAUGACACUUGUGUGUUGCCCCUUGCUGAUCAGGCAGUUUACCAUGUUUCUGUUAAUGCUGCUCACACUGGAUGCCCACCUGCAACAUCAUUUGGAAGACAGAUACUCUUCAGUGGUGACCCGUCAACGAGCUCUGUGUGUGGUCCUGUUCUGCUGGUUGGGUUCAGUUCUCAUGUCCUUUGCCCAGUUCAUAGGCUCAGACAUCCUCAGCUCCUCCAGAAGCGAUGGCCCUGCUAUUGCCACGGAUGGCCUUGGAUUAGAAGGCAAUUGGACAACCUCUUUACCCCCUCUUACUUCUACCGCAGUCCCAAGGUACUUCAAUGACCGCACCGUAAUUGGGAAGUUCCUUCCAUAUGGAGGCUUCUUGUCAAAGUUCUAUGUGAAAGACAUGAGCAACUUCACCUAUGCAGAAAUCCACAGCAGCCACUGGGGAGUCUGUGAUCUUGAUAAUAUUCUCAGCCCCCAGUUCAUUGUCUAUGUUCAUGGAGUGACCGUGUUUAUCCUGCCAUUUCUUUUGUUACUGGCCAUUUACUUUGACUUGCUGUGCAUUAAGCCAAAAAAGAAUCUUUUUAGGAACGCUGUCCCUGAGAAACGAUCCGAUCUGCUCCGCUUCCUGGCCUUGUCCAUGUCUCUUUUGGUUCUGCUUUGCCUGCCACACUAUAUCACCCAGGCUCUCUUGCUUUUUAACCCACGUACCCUUCUACCUGCUUGGGCACAGGCAGGUGCCAUGGUCCUCUUCCAGAUAUACUCUCUCGUGCCCCCGAUCCUCUUUACACCUCCAAGGAAGCAAGCAAGGGAGCAAUGGGAGUCCUUUCAACUUGCUGUUCCCAACUUCCAACCUUCACUUUCCCAUUUCCGAGGAAAAUCUCUACACAUGGCACUGCGUGAGGUGGUGCAAACAGCUUCGAGAUCUUCAGCUAAAAAUUCUCUCAAAGCUAAAGAGUGCCCAGAGGACUGAUUUUUUAGAUAGACACAAAUCUGUAUUUUGUGCACACUUUCACAAAGCCAAUAGUAAUAAACAAUCCUGUUUGCGAAAACAAAUAUUUGAAACAAAUGACUUAAGCGAAAUAAUAAUUAUUUUUCUUCUUUUUGCAUUUUUAUCUAAUCAACAACGCUUGCUGUACACAUUAUGAUUUGACUUGCAAAGAAAAAGGCCAUUUAAUUAACAGGUCCCACACCAAAUGUCAGAAAAUUAAGUAUCCAGAUGAUAACCACAAUCCUGAUCACAGAUGCCUGUUUUGUUUGACUGGUCCUUUCUCUGGGCUUUAAUCUUCUCCUUUUAUUAAUUCCCGCUAAGCUAACGACUAGAGAUGUAGAUAUUUCUGUGACAGAGUCUAAUUAAACAUUCCCUAAUAACAUUGUAGUCCAGAGAGAU